AGAACCUAUCGUUUCUGCUUGAAAUCUAUAAGGAGAUGUCUGUCGAUCAUUACCUAUUUAUUAACAGUAGAUAUGCAUGCCGGCAUGUCGGCAAAAGAUUACAAUAAUCUCUUGAAAAUAUCGUUCAAAGAUUAUUUUAUAUUAUUGAUUUCUUUAUUUUAUUAUCCAUAAUUAUUUGUAAAUUUUUUUUUUUUUAUAAUUUUUAAAAAAUUUAACUAAUAAUGUCUGCUAUUAGACAAGAACUAGUGCAAUCAGCAAUUAAUUUUCUUAAAGAUCCACAAGUUCAGAACUCUCCGCUACAAAAGCGUGUAGCUUUUCUAGAAUCCAAAGGGUUAACUUCAGAUGAAAUAGAAGAAGCAAUGAGACUAGUAAAGGGUGGCUCACCGAGCGUUGCAGCACCGCCUCCACCAUCCAAUCAAGUUGUUAUUGCGCAACCACCACCAGUUUCAAGAAUGGAUUGGCGAGAUUUUUUUAUCGCUGCAGUUUUGAUUGGAGGUAUUGGAUAUGCAAUAGUGGAAGUCGCGAAGAGAUAUAUAUUACCUUUAUUAAAAACACCUACAGCGAAUGAACUUGAACGGGAUAAGCAAGCACUUAAUGACCAAUUUACAGCCGCUUCUGAGACACUUGAUAUUGUAAAAUCCGAUACACAAAUUGCCAAAAAAACUAUUGAAGAACAAGCAUAUAGAAUGAAAGAGUCAUUAGAGACGCUAGAUAAGAUGAUGAAUGAUAUUAAACAACAAGAAGUAAAAAGGGAAGCUGAUAUGAAAAUUUUAAAAGAAGAAGUAGAUGCUAUCAGAGAAUUGAUACCAAAGCUUCUUGAAAAAUCCAAGGAUUCGCAGAGUCAAUCACUUUCAGAAUUACAACAAGAACUUAAAUCGUUAAAAUCUCUUCUUCUUAAUCGAAGACCCAACUCAACAAUUGGAACAACUACAACCGAGACAUUAGCUUCACCAACAUCACUAACAACAUCACCCAUGUAUAAUACAAUAAUACCGCCCGUUUCGUCACCUUUUCCUGGAGUGACGACAAGUCGACCAUCAAUUCCGCCCUGGCAAAUGGGUACGAACAACACUUCCACAAUUAAGGUUCCGGUAGAACAAACCUCAAGUGAACAAAAUGGAACCAGUACCGCAUUAACAAGCGACGGUGCUGAAAAUAAUGCGCAUUAAUUUAUUAGAAAUGUAUUGUAUGUGAGAUUUUUUAAAUAAGAAAUUGCACAUAUAUACAGAUAUAUCUAGUACUAGCAAGAACAGUAAAAAAAAGGAUGCCAAUUUUUUUUCUUUCUUGUUAAGCGUGACUUGUAGUAUCUUGAGAUAUGAAUAAUCGAUAAAAUAUAUUUUUUACUUGUAUUACAUGCAUUAUUAUUUUGGAACCUCUUAUUAAAUAUAUGUAUAUAUAUAUUUGUAUAUAUUUUGUGUAUAAUAUAUAAAUAUAUAUAUAUAUUUUUUUUUUUUGGUUUUUUUUUUUUUUUU